AUGUAUGAUGGGGUUAUGAUAUAUAGAGAUGAUGUUUCUACUUUAGUCUAUGGGCAAUAUAUUGAGAAGUGGUCAAUGGUCGUUAUUCAUAACUUGUUGAAUGGGUGGGGAUAUAUUGAAGGGACGUACAUAAUAUGGACAAAGAUUAUUGAAAUAGAUGAAAAUCAUUUCCAGAUUAGGAGGGACGAUGAUUGUUAUGAUUUGGAUGCAUAUGCAUGUGCAACCCAAACAUCAGGGGAAUUGUUUUUGGAGCAUCAUAUCACUGAUUUAGAAGUAUUAGUCAGGUGUGCUAAGUGUGUGAAUGAGGUUGUGGCUCCUGUUGUUUAUGAUGAUGAAAGAAUUGAAGGGCUCAAUGAUAGUGAGGAUGAACGAGCCACAACUCUUGCAGAUGGGUUUAAAGUAAUUUAUGUGAAACCAGUUAAUGAUAAUGUUGGUCUUGCUGGAUUCUUGAAAUGUUCUAAUAAGAAGAAAUGGGAAGAUGAUGGGUUCAAAAAGAAGAAACAUGUAGAUGAUAGUUCCAACAAGAAUGCAGCUCAAGAUGAUGGUUCCAAAAUAAAGUGGAGGAUGAUGAAUAUGAGAGAGGCAUUGAAUAAGAAUUUUAAAUUUGAGUGGGGUAUGGAAUUCAAUUCCCUAGAUGAUUUUAGAGAUGCCAUACAUGAGUGGUCAAUAUUAAAUGGAAGAGAAAUUACUUUUGUGAAGAAUGAGAGCUACAGAGUAAGGGUAGAAUGUAGGGCUAAAUGUGGGUUUUUGAUUCUCUGCUCUAAAGUGGAACAUAAGCACAUGUGUACUAUAAAGACUAUACAUGGCAGCCACACAUGUGCUAGGGUUUUGGAUAGCAGAUCUACAAACAAUAGGUGGGUGGCAAAGGCAGUUGUGAAGAAGAUGCAAAAAUUUGAAUCAGUUAGGAUUUGUGACAUUAUCCAAUAUAUGAGACAAAACUAUUCAGUGGUCAUGAAUGUGGCUAAGGCAUGGAAGGCAAAGCUUAUAGCAAAGAGGAUAGUAGAAGGAGAUGCAGACAAACAAUAUGCUAAUCUAUGGAGAUAUGCAGCUGAGUUGCAUAGGGUAAAUCCUGGGAAUACCUUGAAAAUUAAUGUUGAGAGACCCAACCCAUCAAUUCAACCAAGGUUUGGCUCUUUUUACCUUUCCUUUGAUGGUUGUAAACAGGGAUUCAUCAAGGGUUGCAGACCAUUUGUUGGAGUUGAUGGAUGCCACUUGAAAACUAAAUAUGGUGGUCAACUGUUAAUUACUGUUGAAAGGAAUCCCAAUGACCAAUAUUUCCCUUUGGCAUUUGGUGUUGUGGAAACUGAGACAAAAGACAGUUGA